AUGUUAAUUACCUCAAGUGAAGAGAAGAUAGUCACAUCCAUAAUGGCAAUUCCUGAUGAAAUAUUUGACCUGGUUUCAAAAGUUUCGAAUGGGAAUGGAAAUGCUGAAGAUUAUGAACGCAUUUGUUUCAUUCUGUCCAAUCUGACAACUGCAGAACUUUGUUCUGUUUUUCAAAAAUGUGAUAUUUUAAAAGCGUUGAUGUCUGUUGAUUUAAAUGACAAACAGUCCGCUCAAAUUGCGAUUAAAUUAGCUUCUAUUAUAUUCUCCCUUAUACCGUUAUUUGACUUUGUUCAAUCUCACCAAGAAGAAUUGUUGUUAAUACUUGCAUCCACAAAACUCGAUCUGAUUGAAUUCAUUUUAAAAAGGCUAAAAGCUGGUAUAGUUGAACCUAGUUGUUCAGUAGACAAUUUACCAGAAUGUAUUUUAGAGUCAAUAGCUCGAUUAGUUCUUCAUGACAAACUUUCUUUAUCUGCGGAAGCACAAAAUUUCCUGAUAACGUUGGCUACAAAAUGUCCAAUGGGUUUAAAGAAAGUUCUAGGACCCAAUGUAGUUGGUACAUUUAAUUCUCUGUGUUCUAAAUCUGAGCAUUUUAUAAGAGUUUCUGAAUUUGCUGUACAUCUGGUUUCUGAAAAACCAGAAGCAUUCAAAGUUGUUGAAAAUUCUGGUUUAUUUCAACCUAUUUUGGAUGGUUUGAAUUCAAAAGAUCCUCUAGUUCGUUUGAACUGGUUAGAAAUAGCGAAAUUGUUGACUGUUUCAGAGACAGGUUAUCACUUUCUGAACGAACAGGGUGUGUUCUCCAGAUUAUUGGGCGAUUUGCAUUCUUCUGCUUCGGAUCCAUUAGGUGAUUUGCUAGUUCCAGGAUACAUUGGCAUAUUCGCUAGUCUUGCUAAACGAGACCCUGAUCGUUGGUUAGGCUCAAACAGCGAUGGAAGGUUUAAGAAUGUGUUAUCAAAUGCAGUAGAUAGUAAUGCUAUUAGUAUUUCUAUGGUGGCAUUUGAAUCUAUUGGCUGUAUAGCAACUACACCAGCAGGUCGGAUUACUUUAGAUAAGUUAUUUGCUAAAAAUUGCUCAUUGGAUGGUGUUUUAAAUAAGCUUUUUGUAUUGGUUUCCAAUUCACCAACUGAUAUAUGCACUCGAGCUGUUGAAUGCUUUAGUUUACUUCUACGUCGACCAGAUGGUAUAGAUUCAGAGGGCUUAUUUACCGAUGCUGUACUUUCUCUCAAUUGGGCAGUUAUUUCUUGUCAAAAAAGCAUUGAUAUAACAACCAUUAAUUCAAUCGAAGAUAAAGAGUCGUUGAUUGCUCCACUACUAAAACGUCUUUAUUGUCUUGCAACUCAACCAUUUUUUGAGGUGCGUGUAGCAGUAUUCAAAACUAUAGACGCGAUUGUCACGCAACCCUGGGGAGUUCGACAGAUAGCACGACAACCCGGAUUCUUCGAGUAUUUGCUGAAUCGUCAAACGGAACUCGGCCUUUCAGAUAAAAUACAACUUAUGCAAGCUAAAUUAGACAUUAUGAACAGUAUGCUAAAAACAUAUAAAUUAUGGAUUUGUAGUGAGUGUAAAUCAUUUCAAAAUUUGAUUGACAGACAGCAAUUGAAACCAAUACAGCUUUAUAUAAAGGAAGGAUUAUGGGGUGUUGUAAAAUCUGAGGCCGCAGUGGCUCUUGAACCUGGUUAA